CUAUUCUUUAUCUAAGUCCAGUUUGUACAUGGACCCCUAGUUUCCAGCAAUAGCAACUUUAACUAUUUUGUAAACAUCUUCCACAGGUUUAUCAGUGUGCUCAUAGUUAGAUGAGAAAGUUAAACUUUACGCUCCUGAUAGAUAGAUCUAAUCAGUUAUAAGCAGUCAUUAAGGCUUAUGUAGCAUUAUGAAACACAGACAGAUUUAUAAAAAUGGUCCUACUAAAAUUAGCUUGACUAAAUACGGUUAUCUUGAAACUCCACCCUCUCAAGAGAGACUCUGAUUGGCUUGUUCGCCUAACAAGUUUACCUCUUGACCUGAUUUAUGUUGUAUUGGGGACGUGCUAAACAGGCAUAACAUUACUUAUUACUCAUCUCCCCCCAUAUUACGGUAAGAAUACAUUUUUGCAUGUUCGAGCUGAUAGGGAUUAAAACUGAUUCGCAUGUUAACAGAUUACUAAAUUUAUUCACUAAACAUGAGAAACAAGGUGCAGUGUCACUUUCUAGCUGCCUCCUCAGGUGUCAGCUCCCUGUUAGAAACUGUCCCUCAAAAUGUCAACUCCUUGUUAAUGGGUUGAGUGCUACACUGCAAUCAUUUCUCACUUUGUCAGACUUCCCAUUUAAUGACAAUAUGAAACAUUUGUUGUAGGAGGACGGCACAACGUAUAUUAACUCAUAAAUAUGCUGUUACGUUUGAAAAUGGAUCAGUCUGGAAGAAAAUAUAAAUCCUUUCACUGAAGGUCAUCUUUUAGAAAAGUCAUUCAGUAUAUAAACGUGAAAGCUGUGUAAAGCCCAAAGAUGGAAAACCUACCAAGUUCGGGUGACCUUUCUGAGAUGUUAGCUGCGGGUACCAAGGAGUCCCACAACAAAACAGAGAUCUCCCAGUUGGGCAGAGAUUUCUACAGAGGCAUCGUCCAAAAGGACAUCUUUAAGAAAGGCAUAGAAGCUCUGUACUUUAUCUAUUUGGCCAUGGAGGAUGAGCUUGAGAGGAAUAAAGACCACCCUCACAUCGCUCCGAUCUAUUUUCCUACGGAGCUUUCCCGCCGUGAAGCCCUGUCCCAGGACCUGCAGUACUUUUAUGGAGCUGACUGGGAGAACCUGAUAGGCCCCUCUGCCGCCACAAAACUUUGGGUGAAACGGAUCCACGAGGUGGGGAAGAAAGACCCAGGGAUGUUGGUAGCCCACUGCUACGUUCGCUACAUUGGAGAUCUGUCAGGCGGACACCUCCUCAAUAAUGUGGCCAAGAGGGUCCUGAGGCUCCCCUCAACGGGGGAGGGCCUGAAAUUCUACCAGUUUGACGGAAUCACCAGCCACAAGGGCUUCAAGCAGCUUUACCGAAGCAAGCUGAACGAGGUGGACGUAGAGAUGGAGACCAAAAUGAGCAUUGUGGACGAGGCCAUCAGGGCCUAUGGCUUCUCCUUGAAGAUCAUCGCAGAGCUGGAAGAAAUUGGAAAGACGAGCAAAGGGGAAGCAGCAGGUUUUGGACACAGUCAUGUAGAUACCAUGGGAGGUGAUGCCAAGUGCCCGUUCUCUGCAGGAAAAACAGCGGCCAGUGAGAAUGCCAACUACAUCAGCCAUAUACCCAAUCAAUUGGCUCUGGCUGCCUUGGUUGCCGUCUUUGCUGGAUUUACAGCAUGGUACGCUCUGAGAGCUCCUUGAGGGAAGAACUUCUUGACACUUUAUUACAAAUGGUGCCCAGCUUAGUCCAGCAUAUGAUGUAUUACUAUUAGGAAUUUAUUAGCACUUAUUUCAGGUCCACCUAGUGGUGCAUGGAUCUUUUGGCUUCUGGUGCUGCAGUUAGGAAUGAAACAGCUUUUCUGAUGUUGUGCAUGUUGUGUAAUGAUUAAAAUGCUGGGGAUCAACGUGUAUGCUGUAAUAAGCCUGCAAACAAGAAGCUUCAUCCUCCAGAGAACAUUGAAAUGGUUAAACCUCUAGGAAGGAGACUAGCUGUAGUUCAUACGAAUUGAAUUUAAAAUUGAGCAAAUAGUGUGAGGCUGUCUAAAGAUGAAAAUGGUUGUGUAUUUGUUAAACAAUAAAAAUCUUAAAUGUCA